AAAAAGAACAAAAAUAAAGAAGAAAUGUGGCGAAGAUCAGCAUCGUUCAUCCUCGACGACGAGCGGCGACGAACCUCGAACUCACCUCCCAUGGCAGACAACACCACUCGAGCCCCUUUCCAAAACCCUGACGCCAUCUCCGCUUACUACCAAACCCGAGCGGCGCACCACGGCGUCAUCACAAGCGACUGGCUAGCCCAGGCUCAAGCCGCAGUGGGAGGCGGCAUCUCCGGCGAAGAGAAUUCCGACUCAUCCGUCUCCGAUCUCGGAAAGGAGAAGUCUUUUAAUGUAAUCGAGGAGUUCAACGGCUGGAGGAAACAGCCGGAUCUAGCGGAAGCCGUCGCGGCUAUAAGAGCUUUGGCUGCGGUUAUACGCGCGAGCGAGGCUAGCACCAUGAUGGAGCUUGAGAUUGAGCUCAAGAAAGCUUCCGACACACUCAAGUCAUGGGACAAGACGUCGAUCUCCUUGACUGCUGGAUGCGAUCUGUUUAUCAGAUACGUGACGAGGACGUCUGCUUUGGAAUACGAGGAUUUUAAUUCAGCUAAGUCUCGUCUCCUUGAAAGGGCUGAGAAGUUUGGUGAAAUCUCUUGCAAGGCUCGUAAGAUUAUAGCAAUGCUUAGUCAGGAUUUUAUAUUCGAUGGUUGUACCAUAUUGGUUCAUGGACUCUCUAGAGUUGUUCUUGAGAUACUCAAGACUGCUGCACAGAACAACAAGCUCUUCCGAGUUCUCUGCACAGAGGGAAGGCCGGAUGGAACAGGAGUUUUGUUGUCGAAUGAGCUAUCGAAGCUCGAUAUUCCUGUGAAGCUGCUGCUUGAUUCAGCUGUGGCGUAUAGCAUGGACGAGGUGGAUAUGGUGUUUGUCGGGGCAGAUGGAGUUGUAGAGAGUGGCGGUAUUAUCAACAUGAUGGGAACUUACCAGAUCGCACUCGUGGCGCAUAGCAUGAACAAGCCGGUCUAUGUUGCGGCUGAGAGUUACAAGUUUGCUAGGCUUUAUCCAUUAGACCAAAAGGACAUGGCACCGGCGCUGAGACCGAUAGAGUUUGGUGUAAAGAUUCCGGCGAAGGUGGAAGUAGAAAUGUCGGCUAGAGAUUAUACUCCGCCUCAGUACCUAACGCUUCUCUUUACGGACCUUGGUGUUCUAUCUCCCUCUGUUGUUAGCGAUGAGCUUAUUCAACUCUAUCUCUAAUUGUCACUCCCCUGAUUAAUAACUUCUUACUCUUUCAGUUUUACUUCCACUUAAAAGAUAGUCUAAGAUCAUGUGCUUUUCAUCCAAAAACCUUAUUUCCAUUUUUGCAUAAUGGACAAUGGACCAACCACAGCCUAGUUGUUGUUUUUUUUUUCUUUUGUUAAUUGAGGUGUCUGAACCGAACGUUUUAACGACUA